CUCGUCUAUAAGUAUGUCCUGUCUUAAAGAUCUCAAACAAAAUAAACAACUUCUUCAUAGAGCAGAGAGCAGCAACCAUUAUUACAAGAGAGAAAUGGGAGUUUCUGGAACUCUGGAGUACUUGUCUGAUCUAGUGAGCAGUAGCCAGCACCACCACAAGAAGAAGAAGAAGCAGUUGCAGACAGUGGAGCUUAAGGUGAGAAUGGACUGUGAUGGAUGUGAGCUCAAGGUCAAGAAAGCCCUCUCUUCAAUGAGUGGGGUAAAGUCAGUGGAGAUAAACCGUAAACAGCAGAAGGUGACAGUAACUGGGUAUGUGGAAUCAAGCAAGGUGCUGAAGAAGGCUAAGUCAACAGGGAAGAGAGCUGAGAUUUGGCCUUAUGUGCCUUACAACUUGGUGGCUCAGCCAUAUGCUGCUCAUGCUUAUGACAAAAAGGCCCCUCCUGGCCAUGUUAGAAGACUUGAGACCACUGCUGCCACUGCAACUGUUGCAACAUAUGAAGAUCCUUACAUCAACAUCUUCAGUGAUGACAACCCUAAUGCCUGCUCCAUCAUGUAGACAAAAAUAACUUCUUUCCUUUUUAUUUUUGUUCUCGACGAGUGUAUGUACACUUUUCUUUUAAUGACAAGAGACGUUGUUGUGAAUUA